AUGGGGUCGGAGUCGAAUAUGGUGCACUCACCCAUGCUCACAUACGCCUCUAUGCUCUCUCUUCUCACUCUCUGCCCUCCUUUUGUAAUUCUCCUAUGGUAUACUAUGGUGCAUGCUGAUGGGUCUGUAUUGCAAUCCUUUGAUUACCUAAGGCAGCAUGGCCUGCAAGGAUUCAUUGACAUCUGGCCAAAACCUACAGCAACAGCUUGGAAGAUCAUCGCGUGUUAUGCUGCAUUCGAGGCUGCACUUCAGCUUUGGUUACCUGGAAAAAAGGUUGAGGGUCCAAUAUCACCAUCAGGAAAUCGGCCUGUAUACAAGGCAAACGGAGUUGCAGCAUAUGCAGUAACAUUGAUUACAUAUCUUGGUCUUUGGUGGUUUGGGAUUUUCAAUCCCACGAUAGUUUACGAUCAUCUCGGAGAAAUAUUUUCAGCACUCAUUUUUGGGAGCUUUAUCUUCUGCAUUUUCUUGUAUGUUAAAGGACUUGUUGCACCAUCUUCUACUGAUUCGGGUUCAUCUGGAAACAUGAUAAUUGACUUUUAUUGGGGAAUGGAGCUGUAUCCUCGUAUCGGCAAGAACUUUGAUAUCAAAGUAUUCACAAAUUGCAGAUUUGGGAUGAUGUCUUGGGCAGUUCUUGCUGUGACAUAUUGCAUAAAGCAGUAUGAAACAUAUGGAAGGGUUUCUGAUUCCAUGCUCACCAAUAUGAUAUUGAUGUUGGUAUACGUAACAAAAUUCUUUUGGUGGGAAGCUGGAUAUUGGAACACGAUGGAUAUUGCUCAUGAUAGAGCUGGAUUUUAUAUCUGUUGGGGAUGCUUGGUAUGGGUUCCGUCUGUGUAUACUUCGCCUGGCAUGUACCUUGUCAACCAUCCAGUGAAUCUUGGAGUGCAGCUGGCACUCUAUAUUCUUGUAGCAGGCAUUCUGUGCAUAUAUAUCAACUAUGAUUGCGACAGGCAAAGGCAAGAAUUCCGCAGAACAAAUGGCAAAGCCUUGGUUUGGGGGAAAGCUCCGUCAAAGAUUCAUGCCUCGUAUACAACAACUACGGGUGAGACAAAAUCAAGUCUAUUGCUGACAUCAGGAUGGUGGGGCUUAUCUCGUCACUUCCAUUAUGUCCCUGAAAUAUUAGCAGCCUUUUUCUGGACUUUACCAGCUCUUUUUAACCAUUUUCUGCCUUACUUUUAUGUAGUGUUUCUCACCAUUCUCCUUUUUGACCGAGCUAAAAGAGACGAUGAUCGUUGCAGGUCAAAAUAUGGAAAAUAUUGGAAAUUAUACUGCGAGAAGGUUCCCUACAGGAUUAUACCUGGAUUUGGUGUUUGA